AAAAAACUAAAAAAUGUUGUGUUAAAUAUCAGUGUAGUAAACAUAAACUGAGGGCUAUGAUGUUGGUAAUGGAUCACACUUUUCAUUAAAAAGUAAACUUUUUUUAUUCAUAUAGUGGUGAGUUCUUUAUACUUUGACAGUUUUCCUAAAAUAAAAUGUAAAACAAAUUGCAAUAUAUCGAAUCACUCGAUUAGAAACUUGAAAUGUCUAAAGGUGGCAUUAUAAUUUCAAUUAAUGUCCAAAUUUUCUGAUAUUUUUCUAAAUACAUGUCUUGUUUCAUCAAACUUCUUCAAAGUCUUCGUCUAAAAUGUGGCCGUAACAUACGAUUAAAGGUCCAGUGUAUAACAUUGAGGAGGAUUUAUGUAAUAUAAUAUUCACAGGUAUGUUUUUAUUAGUGUAAAACCUGAAAAUAAGAAUAGUUGUGUUUUUGUUUAAUUAGAAUGACACGUUUUCUAUCUACCUUUUAUGUUUCUACAGCAGCACAGAAGGGACAAACCAAACACUGGCUGUAGAUGGAGGUGUUGUUCAGCUGUUAUGGAGCUCCUACACACUGGAACUUUUAAAUUAACAUUUUAGCAUGUUAUUUUAAAAAAUUAAUCUAAAUUAAAGUGUUAAAUUUGACACCAAACUGGUAUUACAGCUCUAGAUCCUCCCCUGCGGGACGGAUUCUGUCACACAGAAGCAAAUACCUGUAUCUUGUGUCUUGAGGCUGGAAUUUGGACAAUCGGUUGUGUCUGUGGGCGACCUUUAACCUUUAACCACGCAUCCUUUUCAAAGAAACCUGACUGACGUGAACUUGCUUGUCUCGUUAGUCAAUCAGUGACGAGCUCAGCUCAGCGUGAACUACAGAUAAAUGAUUAUUGGUAAUAUUGCAACAUCAGUAGGAGGUAAAAGAGAGCCGAUUGCAGCCCGAUUGUACGGCGCUAUUGAUCACGUUCCGGUCACUUUCUGUACAGUCUUCUGUCAGCAGUUUGGUGGGUGUUUUCUGUUGCCCCAUUGCCCUUAUGCUGUGUGCUCAGAGGGCCCCCGGGGGUCCAUGUAAAGUUGCAUGAGCCACGAUGACAAAGCACUUUGCUGCCUCUGUCUGCACAUGCUCACCUGCGUUACAACAUACAUGUUUGGUCCAAUUCAGGACCCUUUUUAUGCAAAGGGGGUCAAUCAAAGGCUCGACCUGUAUUAAAGCUUAAUAUAGAGGUAUGUGUAGCGUGAAGGGACAAAACCAGGUACAGACAAAUGAUCAGGGCUCACUUUCAUUGAACUAAUGACAAAGCAUCUAUCUGCAAGUCACAAGAGAAUAAUAAGAUCACAUGCUUAGGCUUUAUGCAACCGCUAAUCCCCACUGAAACAGUUAUAAUGUGGGUGAAUAUCUGUGACUGAACACAACUAAAAUGCCAAAAACAACAGAUUUUAAGGAAUAGUUUUGUGAUUAUUGUUGUAACAUCAAGUUCUACUUUUAUUGUCACAGUUUUUAAAGGAAAACUUCAGUAGUUUAGGACGAUGAGAGAAGAUCGAUACCACUCUCAUGUUUAUAUGUGAAGCUACCGGCCAGCAGACAGUUAGCCUAGCUUAGCAUAAAGACUGGAAACAGGGGGAAACUGCUAGCCUGGCCCAGUCCAGCAGAUAAUAACCACAACAUGAAGCUUUUAUACCUUUAUUUUUAAAACAAAGAAGAUAUAACGUGUUAAUUAAUGAUCUUUUAGAGGUACCAUGCUAGCUGUUUGCUAAGCUAACUAUCUCUUCGCUGUAGCUUUUACAUACAAACAUAAGAGUGGUAUUUAUCUUCUCAACUAACUCUCAGCAAAGAAAUAUGACCUUAAAUGUUGACGUAUUCCUUCCAAAAGAGAGGACUUGCUGUUACAAUAACAAGAUAUUAAGAUUUAAUUAUGAGUAACGUAACGCUAGCAUAACUUCAUCCUGUGUUUACUUAACAUAAAACAUUCUAGCCUUAAUUAUUAGAACAUAAAUGAACAGAUAUUGCAUGAUUUAUUUGGAAUAUUAGGAAGGUAGAUACUAUUACAUAGUAGAACCAGUUACAUUAACAAUGCAACCAUAUUCCAGUGUAUUAUGAUGCUGUGUUGCCUCCGCUGAACCCUCGGGGAGUUAUUUUAUCUGAACUCUUUGUGUCUUUAAAAUGUGUUCAAUAUUUCCACACAUGUAUGAACUCAAUAAACUGGUUCUGUAUCUAUUUCCAGCCUGAAUUACAGGGACAUACGCCAGGUGGGAUAGCCGGAGGUAUAGAGAUCUGCAUCACCUUCCCCACAGAGUACGUUAAAACACAGCUGCAGCUGGACGAGAAGGCAAAUCCUCCCAAAUACAAAGGCAUUGGCGACUGUGUGAAGCAGACAGUGAAUGGUCAUGGGGUGAGGGGUCUUUACAGAGGGCUGAGCUCACUGCUGUACGGCUCUAUACCUAAAGCAGCUGUCAGAUUUGGGAUGUUUGAGUUCCUCAGCAAUAAGAUGCGGGAUGAAAACGGUAAACUGGACAGCAAGCGAGGAUUCCUCUGUGGCCUGGGGGCUGGAGUUGCCGAGGCCGUGGUCGUCGUCUGUCCCAUGGAGACAGUAAAGGUCAAAUUCAUUCACGAUCAGACGUCAGCGAACCCAAAGUACAAGGGGUUCUUCCAUGGUGUGAGGGAGAUUGUUAGAACUGAAGGACUGAAGGGGACUUAUCAAGGCCUAACAGCCACCGUGUUGAAACAGGGCUCCAACCAGGCCAUCCGCUUCUACGUCAUGACCUCCCUGAGGAACUGGUACAAAGGUGAUGACCCCAACAAAGCUAUUAACCCUCUGAUAACUGGGCUGUUUGGAGCUGUUGCUGGUGCUAUCAGUGUGUUUGGAAACACUCCGCUGGAUGUCAUUAAAACCAGAAUGCAGGGACUCGAAGCUCACAAGUACAAAAGCACAAUGGACUGCGCCGUCAAGAUCAUGAAGCACGAGGGACCGAUGGCGUAAGUUUCACUUGUUAAUAAUAAUAAUAAUAAUAAUACAGACUGUUGGAGCUUAUAUACCUUUUUAAAGGAUUCACUUUCACACAUCAAUAAUUCACCAGUAAUGAUUUGUCUAUAUGUCAGCUACCACAUGGUGGCAGGUAACUAGAGACCAGAAUACAUGUAGGACAAAUCUGGAGCUGUGACUAUUUCUUUGUGGGACAAAGUGACUUACUGGUGUCUAACUGACUGAACACUGCUCGCGUCGGGAUUUGACACUCUGGGAAUGGGAACGGGCUGUGAAGUGUGUAGGAGAAACUACGAAAAAGUGUGAAAGCCCCUUAUCUAGAGCCAGUGUUUGGUUUGUCCGUUCUGGGCUACUGUAGAAACAUGGAGGUCCAACAUGGCAGACCAAACCCAGAUUAAAAACGUCUCAUUCUAAUUAAACAAAAACACAACGGUUCAUA